UUGUUGACAGAUCCAAACCACUCCAUUACCAACAAUGGCGGCGGUCGCCGUGGUGACGUUGUUACUCCUCCUGGCCGUCGCAUCGGUCGCGCGGGGAGGCGUCACGAGCACGUACCGGAGGAGGCUGCAGGCGCUGCCGGACAUGCCGCUCGACGCCGACGUGUUCCGGCCACCGGCGGGAUUCAACGCGCCGGAGCAGGUGCACAUAACGCUGGGCGACCUCACCGGCCUCGCCAUGACCGUGUCCUGGGUGACGCCCAAGCUGCCCGACACCAACGUCGUCCGCUACGGCCUCCGCCCCGACAACCUCACCCGCACGGCCAAUGGCGGCUUCCGCCGCUACUCCUACGGCCGCAAGUACCGCUCGGGGUUCAUCUACCACGCCACCCUCACCGGCCUCGAGCACGCCACCAAGUACCACUACGCCGUCGGCUCCGGCACCACCGCCAGGGCCUUCUCCUUCACCACGCCGCCCAAGCCCGGCCCCGACGUGCCCUACAAGUUCGGCCUCAUCGGCGACCUCGGCCAGACCUUCCACUCCAACGACACGCUCACCCACUACGAGGCCUCCGGCGCCGACGCCGUCCUCUUCAUCGGCGACCUCUCCUACGCCGACAACCACCCGGACCACGACAACAACCGGUGGGACACGUGGGCCCGCUUCGUCGAGCGCAGCGUCGCGUACCAGCCGUGGAUCUGGACCACCGGCAACCACGAGCUCGACUUCGCGCCGGAGCUGGGCGAGACGAUGCCGUUCAAGCCAUUCACCAACCGCUACCCGACGCCGUUCAAGGCGUCCGGGAGCACGCGGCCGCUCUGGUACUCCGUCAGGAUGGCGUCGGCGCACGUCAUCGUGCUGGCCUCCUACGCCGCCUACGGCAAGUACACGCCGCAGUGGACGUGGCUGCAGGGCGAGCUGAAGCGCGUCGACCGGAAGGUGACGCCAUGGCUGCUCGUCUGCGUGCACUCGCCGUGGUACAACAGCAACGGCUACCACUACAUGGAGGGCGAGUCGAUGCGGGUGGAGUUCGAGCGGUGGCUCGUCGACGCCAAGGCCGACGUGGUGCUCGCCGGACACGUCCACUCGUACGAGCGCACGCACCGCGUCUCCAACGUCGCCUACGACAUCGCCAACGGCAUGGCCACGCCGGUCUUCAACCGCUCGGCGCCGGUGUACAUCAACAUCGGCGACGGCGGCAACAUCGAGGGGCUCGCCGACAACUUCCGGUGGCCGCAGCCGGAGUACUCGGCGUUCCGGGAGGCGAGCUUCGGGCACGCCACGCUGCAGAUCAUGAACCGGACGCACGCCUACUACGAGUGGCACCGCAACAGCGACGGCGUCAAGGUCGUCGCCGACCAUGCCUGGUUCACCAACCGAUACUGGAUGCCCACAGACACCAACUAGCUCUUCUUCUUCUUCUUCUUCUUCUUCUUCUUCUUCUUCAAACUUUAAUUCUACCUAGGAAGGAAUAUUAAUUUGUUCAUGCAGGUUAUGAACAGCAAAACCAUAUGUUUGACGGCUUAGCGUAACAAUUAUUAAUGGAGUAAUAAUCAAGAUCAUUCUGUUCUGUUCGGAGUUUGCUA